UUAUCUACCCCUCCAAUCUUUUAAAAUCCCAAAAUACCCUUAUGUUUUUUUUUUAUAUGUUUUUUUCUUUCCUUUCUUCGACUUUUCCCCUCCAUCUCUUUAUCCAUAACCAGACCUUAGGAGCCCUCUGUUUCCUUUCAUGAAUCGGCCGGAUUGUAAGCGUGGAGACUGCGCGUUUUGAAGGAGAUGGUGAAGAGGCGACUCAGAGAGAAAACUGCAGGAUUUUAGAGAGCCCUAGGAGCAGAAGCAGAAGCAACAGGCAUUUCUUGCUGAGAGAUAUGUAUGAUGAUAUGAUGCUGGAUGGAGUACAGCCAACUAGGGAUACAUUCCAUUCUGUCAUCAGUUAGUGGAAAGGUGGAUAAGCAAAAUGCUCAUUUCUUUGGUGUUACGAUCAACGAGCAACAAGCCGAGUGUGGUAUUGUAGUAAGAGUUACUUCAAAUGCACAAAGCAAAUUUAAGUUACUUUAUUUCGAGCAAGAUGUGAAUGGCGGUUAUGGUUUGGCCCUACAGGUGAUUGAUGAAAUAGAUGGAGCUCUUGGUGAUGGCAAAGGUGCUGUGGAGGUUAUUCUAAAGAUGAUAAGAAGGCUCUCUAAAACCCUGCAGUUUUCUAUCUGAGUCGCCUCUUCACCAUCUCCUUCAAAACGUGCAGUCUCCACGCUUACAAUCCGGCCGAUGCGAAAGGAAACAGAGGGCUCCUAAGAUCUGGUUAUGGAUAAAGAGAUGGCGGGGAAACGUCGAAGAAAGGAAAGAAAAAAACAUAUAAAAAAAAAACAUAAGGGUAUUUCGUUUCGUUUUCAUGAUUCCCUGGAAAAUGGUACACCCGAAAGUUUAUCAUUCAUAUGGAGUUUCCUUUUCAUGAUUCUUUUCAUGCAAACUAGAUAGUAUUUUUUGCUUAUUGACAGCUAGUUGCUAUCUGCAGGGUUCAUAUAUUUGUUCAACCAACAGUUAAUCGUGUUGUCAGCAGGUGAUCCUUGACUACCAUGGCUGAUGUUUAAUUGCUGUGACAAUUUCAAGCCUUUCCAUUUCUGAUGGGGAACAUUGGGUCAAGUCGGGAUUGAUACCAACAGAGGCUUUUGUAGGAGCUGUAAUAUUAUCUAGGAGCUGUAAUAUUCUCUAGGAGGUGUAAUA